AUGCCGGUGGGGACCGCUGCACAGCCGAGCACCCUGUGCGCAGCCACCGGGAACAGCCCACGAGUGACAACCCCCCCCUCCCGCCCCACGGGCGACGUGUCCACCAGCUCCGGUGGUGAGCGGAGACGGAGGGGACACCGCGCGGAGCCCCGCGAGCCGGCCGUGCCCGCCCACCGCCCGCAGCAUCCCGGAUCCACGCGACUCACCGCAACCGGGCGGCAAAAAUCGGUCGCCGCGCCGUUCCCGGUCCCGCUGCCAGUGGGUCGGUACCUCCGCGCAAACCCCCGCCGGUGGCUCUGUCCGCUCCCCACCCCACCGCCACUCACCUGCGCGCCCCGCCCGAGCCACGGGCCGCUCCCGGGGCCGCGGCCCCGCCUCCGCCUUCACCUGCCGCCGCCGCGCCCCGCCCGCUCCACCCCCGGGCCGCCGCCGCCGCCGCCGCCGCCGCCGCCGGGGCUCCAGGAAGCGCCCGCCCCCGCUCGCCCAUUGGGCAGCGCGCCGGCGCUCGCGCGUCCGAUUGGCGGGCUGCCCCGUCAAUCAGCCCCGCGCCUCGCCCCCGUGAGGGCGGGGGCCGCGCGCGCCCCCCGGGACCGAGGGGGAGCUGAGUCAGAGCCGGGAACGGGGCUCGGCUCCGGAGCUGGAGGGGGGGGAACAGCCCGGGACGGCCCCGGCGGCGCCGAGCGCGGUGCCAGGCGCCGAGCGCGCUCCGCCCGCUGCGGCCGCCCCGAGUCCCGGGGCCGGCACGGCACGGCCCGCUCCGCCCCGUGGGUACGGGGAGGGGGCGGGGAACCGGGCACGGGGUGGGGGUGUGAGAGCCGAGAAGUGCGCACCGGAGGGGGAGUUCGGAGUACCGGGAAACUGAGCGUGGCGGGGAGGCAGAGAGGUGGAGAGCCGGGCUUGGGGACCCGGGCACCGAGCAGCGAGCGCUGGGAGGGUUGGAAUGCCGGGCACGGGGGGAUGGAGAGCUGGACACGGAGAACGUGGCGCCGGGGGAAUUCGGGCAGCGGGCGGCGCGAGGGGCAGCCCACCGUUCCCGGCGGCGCUGGAGCGAGCGCGGCCCCCCAAACUCCCCCCAGGGGCGGCCCCUCCGCAGGUGCCUGGGCGCGGGCCCCGCGCAACCUGUUUGGCCGCUGCCGGCCCCGGGAGGCAGCGGCGGCCCCGAGGCUCACCUCGGCUCACCCCGACCCCCCCGCGCCUGGCUCGGAGCGCGGCCGCUGCCCGGCACUGGCGGAAAGUGUGAGGAGCCGCCGCCGGCCCCGGGGCUGCCAAGGCAAACACGGCCCCGCGCAGACGUUAUGUCAGCGGGCGGGGGGGCGGCGGCGGCGGGAGCAGGACCCCCACCCACCCUCCCGCCGGGCCCCAGUAUCGGGCACCUGCCGCCGCGUCUCGCCCGGCCGUCCGCCCGCUUUGGUCCGCCCAGCUCCGUCCGUCCGUACACCUGCAUCCCUGCCGGGGUACCGGCCCGCCGGACUCGCGGCUUCGCGGGCGGCGGGGGCGACCCGCAGAACCACCUCCCGGCCCCGCUGCUCCCCGCCCGCCCUCCCGGGCCGCCGCUCGCCCUCCCGGGCCGCCGCUCGCCGUGGCCGCUGCGCUCUGCCGGUGCGGGCGGCGGUGCCCCCGGUGCCGCUCCCCUCGACGGCGCGGCCGCACUCACCUCUCGCGGCAGGGCCGGGGCGGGGGCCGCAGGCUCAGCCGGGCCGGCGGCGUGGCAGGAAGGACCGGGUGGUCAUCGCGGCCCACGGCGGCCGCCUGCAGAGGGCACUGCCGGUCCCCGGAGCCGAGCCCCGUGGGCGGCACCGACACGCGUGGGGUCAUGGGGGGUCUCUUGGUGCCGGCGGCACCGUUUAUUGGGGUAAAAAACAGCAGACGCGGCAUGGGAAUUCCGGGACCACCGCGGCUGCGCUAACCCGGAACAGCCCCGCUCUGCCACGACGGACGAAGGACCCCCCGAGCCCGGCAACCCCACCCUGGGCGACUCUGCACUGA